UACACCCAACUAUCAAUCUUUUGUUCAUGCCAAAACUACCGAAAAGAAAAUCCCCCACGAUGACUCUCUCUGUGACCACAUUAUCUCAAUCCUUCGUAAAGCCAAGCGACCCAACUCCAGCCGAAACCCUCAAGCUCUCGGCCAUCGACCGAGUGCCCGGGCUCCGCCACAUGGUCCGCUCCCUGCACGUGUUCAAGCACGGGCAGAACCCUUGCGAGGUUAUCCGAGAGGCUCUAGCUAAGGCUCUCGUGCACUACUAUCCUUUCGCUGGUCGCUUCAUUGAGUUGGAGGGUGGUGAGGUGGCGAUUGAUUGUAAUGGAGAAGGGGCUUGGUUCGUGGAGGCAAUGGCGAGCUGCAGCCUUGAGGAUGUGAAGUACAUGGACUAUCCGCUGGUGAUGUCUAAGGAGGAGUUGCUGCCUCAGGCGAGCCCAGAGUUUGAUCCUCUUGACGUUCCGGUUAUGUUGAAGGUAACUGAGUUUACAUGUGGUGGAUUCGUGGUCGGCCUCAUCUCCAUCCACACCAUCGCCGACGGCCUAGGCGCCGCCCAAUUCAUCAGGGCCAUCGGCGAUCUCGCCCGUGGCCCAAAACCAGCCGUCAACCCGCCGAUCUUGUCUCGGGACCUCAUCCCGACCCCACCUCAGCUUCCUCCCAGUCCUCCACUGGUGUUCCCGUCAUUCAAGCUCGUGAGCUUCGUCACCGACCUCCACCCCGACUACAUCAGCAAAAUCAAGGCCUCAUACUUCGAAACCACCGGCGAGCACUGCUCGGCCUUCGACAUCUCCACGGCCAAAGCCUGGCAAGCUCGAACCCGUGCCAUAAACCUGGACCGCGAAACUCCCGUCAGUGUAUGCUUCUUCGCCAACACUCGUCAUCUCUUAACCCAAGAAGGCGGGUUCUACGGCAACUGCUUCUACCCUGUGACCGUGACUGCAACGAGUGGAGUCGUCACGAGCGUAAAGAUUCUUGAUGUGGUUCAGAUUGUUAGAGAUGCGAAGGCGAGGCUGCCGAUGGAGUUUGGGAGGUGGGGGAGGGGGGAGUUUGAGGAGGAUCCGUUUACUUUGAAGUUUACGUAUGAUUCGUUGUUUGUUUCGGAUUGGUCGAGGUUAGGGUUUCGGGAGGUGGACUUCGGGUGGGGGAUGCCCGCGAAUGUGGUGCCGUUCUCGUACGUUGACUUCAUGGCGGUGGCGAUAUUUGGGGCGCCACCGGUGCCAAAGAAGGGGAUGAGGGUUAUGACGAAGUGUGUGGAGGAGGAACACCUGCAGGUGUUUCAGCAAGAGAUGAAGAACUUGGUGUGAUAACUUGUCAAUAAUAUUGUUUAUACAUUAUAUUGCUUUCUACUUUUUUUUUUCGUCCUUCUAAUUCUAGCAAGUUAUUCCUACUUAUGUUCCACGUAUAACCUGUGUUUUCUGUAUUUAAAAUAAAGGAAAGUUUGUUUUUAUUUU